GUAGCGAUGUUUAUCGCUGACCUAAGGAAAGAUUUUUACCAGCAGCUGAUCGGCAAGCGGAUUCUGGUGCUGGUUAACUACGAUCUCGAUGCGAUCUGCGCUAGCAAGAUUUUGCAGGCCUUGUUCCGGUGCGACAAUGUGAUUUACUCGAUCGUACCGAUUAUGGGGCUGAGUGGUAUGAAGCGAGCGUACAGCGAGCACAAGGGAGACAUACGGUACGUGCUGUUGGUGAAUUGCGGUGGUUGCAUUGAUAUCGUGGACGUGCUUCAACCGGAACAGGAUGUUGUGUUUUUCAUCUGCGAUUCCCACCGGCCGUACGAUGUGUGCAAUGUGUACAGCGAUGGACAGGUCCGUAUUCUGGGCGAGAUGAACAGCAGCGAAAACAUACCCGCCUUUGAUGAUAUUUUUCAAGAUUCGGACAACGAAAGUAACGACGAGGAUGAUGCCGGUUAUGACGACGAUAAUGGUGGAAGCGAUAGCGAUGGUGGCCCGACCGGCAAUAAUCGCAUACAGCGCAUCGAGCAACGGUUGCUACGACGCCGGCAACGAAAAGUGUGGCAAGAGCGACGGAUAACGCUGAUGUUUGAAUACUCACAGUACGCCUACUAUGGUCCAAGCUCGGCCCUCAGCAUCUUUGAGCUAGCGUGGCGCCUGUCGAAGGAUUCGCUCGAUCUGCUCUGGUGGGCGAUCGUUGGCGUGACGGAACAGAAGCUACUCGGCAAGGUGGAAAGCUCGUCGUACACGCUGCUGAUCGAACGGAUCCAAUCGCACGUAUCACGCCUCACGAACAAGGCGAGCGACCAAACCAUCCAAACGUCGGUGAAGAUUGUGUUCGAGAGUGAUCUUCAGCUGGCACUGUUCCGGCACUGGAGCGUGCUGGAUUCGCUGCGCUAUUCCUACUAUCCGGCCUGCCGGUUAAAACUCUGGACACACAAGGGCGACAAGCAGAUGAACGAGCUGCUGGUGGACAUGGGCUUGCCGUUGGUGCAAGCAAAGCAGACCUUCAACGCUAUGGAUCUGGUACUGCGCAAGGAGUUUUACGAAAAGAUUGAAAAGUUUGCCGAAAAGUACAACAUGCCGGAUGUUACGUAUGCAUCGUUCGUCCUGCAGUAUGGCUACCGGAACCGUUACUCGGCCGCCGAUUACGUCUACUCGAUGCUGGCCAUACUGGAAUCGGUACGACAGGAUCGUUUACCGGAAGCUUGCUUCCUGCAGUCACUGGAUGCACUAUCGAGGGCCAAGAAAGCCAUCCUCGACGAAGGCAUCGAGAUGUGCAAAACGCUACUAACGACCAUAUUUAAGCAAGUUCAAACGUGCCUCGAAAUGCAUCAGAUCCGUUCGGCUGGCCCAUUUCUGUAUCUGGUUUUGCAGGAGGAAGUACCAUUUUUCAGCUGCCCGUACGGGUUGAUGCUAUUGGCCCGUUUUUUACUACGUGCACAUGUUGCCGUAUCCCGCAAUCGACGGGCCCAGGAACUGCCGCUCAUUGCCGUCGCUCCAAUCGAUCUGCAGAGCGGGAUAUCGCUACUGGCCGGUGUACCACCCGUGUGUGAAGAUAGUAGACACUUUUUUGCGAAAGCAUUCGAAGAAGCGGGCAACCGUAGCGGAGCGGUAAUCUCGCAGGACUUUUUCGAAACGGCCGUUAUACAGAUAAAGCAGUCGGAUUGUACGAAAUUCCUCGAUGCGCUUACCGUUAUGUUAAGUUGA